CGGGUUUGGGGGCCAGGCAGCGAACACUAAGCCCCAUCAUCAGUCAAAGUAAAGGCAACUCCUCCUCUUCUUGUUGUGCUUCUUCUUCUUCUGCUGCCGCGGCUGCACGGACAUGUAUGCGGCCUGUUUGACAAAAGACUCAACAUUCAUGUAACAAGCUGCUGUGGAGGGGACGAUUUUCUGAGAGGGAUUUUAUUUUUUUAAAAGAGGGAAAACUGCAUUAUUUCUUUUUUUCUUUGAAAAGUACUUUGAGCGCAUCUACUUGGACUGUUGAACCCAGAGGAAACACGUUCAAACUCCGUUAUUUCUUGGAAAUAAUUUGAAUUUGCUUUGACACUGUCAACAGUUAUUUUUGUUGUUGUGCAGGAGGAAAAAAAAGGACAUAGACUGUCGAAACCGUGAUAACCGAGAAGGUAUCGGUGCCGAGAGCCAUGCAGCAGGCGCUUUCAUAGUUGGUAUGUUUAUUCCACAUAAAUGGAAACGAAAAUAUAAAAAGCGCAGGUUGUGAUACGCAAUUAAAAUUAAAUUAAUUAAACCACAACCGAGAUAUCCCCAUUAAGAGAAGCCCUUAUUUAUGAAUUAAUCAUAGCUUAUUAAUAAUGAGAGCUGCCGAGAUUCGGAUGACGGUUACCAUUGGCAGAUGAGACGUAGUGUGGAGAACACGUGUCCAAUUUUUCCCUCAUAUUUUUCCUCCCUUAUCUGGAUCUCUCACUUGUCACGGCGAGAAAGGGAGACCUGAAAAGAAAAAGAAAACAAGAAAAACAAAAGAAUCUGAGUGGCGUUUUUGCGCGCACGGUAUCGCCUCUCAUGGACAUCUUGGCUUGUAGAUCCGAAGAGAACAGUUACAACAUUCUCCCAUCGGCGGCGACGAUGCUGUUUCAUGGCCUCCCCGGAGGCGAUGUGCACGGUGUGGUGGAAGAAAUGGACCGAAGAGGGAAGAGCGAGUCCGCGGCCAUCAGUUCAGCCAUCGAUAUGGGGGAAUCAGAGACGUCCAUGCCGUGCAUGACCGGCAGCGAGCGCGUGGCCCUGUGCGCGGGCUGCGGCCGCAAGAUCGCGGACCGAUACUACCUGCUGGCCGUGGACAAGCAGUGGCACAUGCGCUGCCUCAAGUGCUGCGAGUGCAAACUUAACCUGGAGUCCGAGCUCACCUGCUUCAGCAAGGACGGCAGCAUCUACUGCAAGGAGGACUACUACAGAAGAUUUUCGGUGCAGAGAUGCGCCCGGUGUCACCUGGGCAUCUCGGCCUCGGAGAUGGUGAUGCGGGCCCGGGACCUGGUGUAUCACCUCAACUGCUUCACGUGCACCACUUGCAGCAAGAUGCUGACCACCGGGGACCACUUUGGCAUGAAGGACAGUCUGGUGUACUGUCGGCUGCACUUUGAGACUCUCAUCCAGGGAGAAUAUCAGACUCACUUUAACCACGCGGACGUGGUGCCUCACAAAGGCCUGGGGCCGGCUAACACGCUCGGACUAUCCUACUUCAACGGUGUAGGGACAGUGCAGAAAGGACGGCCGAGGAAGAGGAAGAGCCCCGGGCCCGGAACGGAGCUGGCUGCUUAUAACGCAGCAGCACUGAGCUGUAAUGAGAACGACGGUGAGUCCAUGGACCGGGACUCCCAGUACACGUCCAGUCAGAAGACCAAGCGCAUGCGGACGUCCUUCAAGCACCAUCAGCUGAGGACCAUGAAGUCCUACUUUGCCAUUAACCACAACCCAGAUGCCAAGGACCUCAAGCAGCUCGCGCAGAAGACAGGCCUCACCAAGAGGGUCCUACAGGUCUGGUUCCAAAACGCCCGGGCUAAGUUCAGGAGGAACCUGCUGCGGCAGGAAAGCACCGGGGUGGACAAGGCCUCGGAUGGCUCCACGCUGCAGGGUGGUACGCCGUCAGGCCCGGCCUCAGAUAUCUCCAACGCCUCCAUGAGCCCGUCCAGCACCCCCACCACUCUGACAGACUUGACCAACCCCACCAUGCCCACUGUCACGUCCGUGCUCACCUCAGUGCAGGGUGGCCUUGAAGGCCACGAGUGCCGGAGCCCGUCACAGACCACACUGACCAGCCUCUUCUGAUAGAACAGAACCCUUUCCACCACCACAGCUGUAACGCCCCCUGCCUCCCCCUCCUCACCUCCUGGAUCUAAAACUGAGAUCUGUCGACUCCUUCCGAUAUUAAAUGGAUUAGAAAAGAGAAGGUAAUCGAGCAAAAAAAAGAACGAUUUUUCCUCGUAGCCCAUUACAGACUGUGAGGCAGGCAAAGGCUCGCAAAUGGAACAGUUGUUGUUAUUUUGAUGUUGUUGUCUUGUUGAGAACUGAGACUUGAUUUG